GGAAAUGCGGACUUAGGGAGGGCGCACGCGGGGGCUGUGGGCGGGAGGCCGGGCGUCGCAGGUCCUGACAGGGAAGAAGUUGGCAGGUCCUGGCCGGGGAGAGCUGCGGCGGAGGCGGCUCCGCGCGCGCGUCCGGUCAGCGCGGGUGAUGGAGUCGCAGGUGGCAGCCGCGGGGGCUGCAGGGGCUGCAGCAGACGCGGGCGAGCGUCCCAGUAUCGGAGGUGCCAGCCGGGGGACAGCUAAGGGGGCCGCCCGGUGGAAGCUCCUGCGACAGGUUCUGAAGCAGAAACAGCUGGAUGACUGUCUGAAACAUGUAUCCGUGAGAAGAUUUGAAUCAUUUAAUCUAUUCUCGGUCACGGAAGUCAAAAAAAGGGAAACUGAGGAAGAGGCUGGUGUGUGGGUCCAGUACACAAGCAUCCUGUAUCCUGAAUACAGUAUCUCCUUGAGGCAUAAUAGCGGACCCUUGAAUGUUGAAGACAUUCUCACCAGCUUCGACAAUACAGGAAAUGUUUGCAUCUGGCCGUCUGAGGAGGUUUUAGCUUACUACUGCCUCAAGCACAGUAAUAUGUUCAGGGACCUUGCUGUGUGUGAGCUCGGGGGUGGCAUGACAUGCUUGGCUGGGCUCAUGGUUGCUAUUUCUGCAGAUGUCAAAGAAGUUCUGUUAACUGAUGGGAAUGAAAAGGCCAUCAGAAAUGUGAACAGCAUCAUCAAAAGCAAUCAGGAGACUGGCGUAUUUAAGGCUCACAAAAUAUCAAGCUGCAUUUUACGAUGGGAUAAUGAGACAGAUGUCUCUCAACUGGAAGGACAUUUUGACAUUGUUAUGUGCGCUGACUGUCUGUUCCUGGACCAGUACAGAGCCAGCCUUGUUGAUGCAAUAAAGAGAUUACUCCGGCCUACAGUCCCCCUCAAGCCGUUCGGAACACUUUUAAAGGGGAAAGCAAUGGUAUUUGCCCCACGCCGAGGGAAUACGUUCGACCGGUUUUGCAAUCUAGCUGAAAAAGCUGGUUUCUCUCUCCAAAGACAUGAAAAUUAUGAUGAACACAUUUCAAACUUCCACUCCAAGUUGAAAAAAGAAAACUCGGACAUAUAUGAAGAAAAUCUCCAUUACCCCCUUCUGCUUACUUUAACCAAAAUGGGAUAGAAGACAGAGGAAAAAAAAUCAAAAGCAUGAAGAAUUUUUUUCCCAAUAAGAGAAAUCUGCCUUGGGACCCCGAGACUUGGCGCCCCACCCACUUUUGCACAUUCCACAUCCUGGUCCUGGGACUCCACACACAUGCACGCACGCACGCACACACACUCAUAUCACUGCCCUCACAGCUCCCUCACCUUUUCUUACAAUCAGCUGUUGCUCUUCUAUACCAAACCUUUGUGUGUUUUUAUGUGCCAGCGGCCAGCCCGAGACCAGAACCAGACCUGUGAGCAAUCAAAAUAUUUUCCUCCCUCAACCAGGAUUCUCUCUUUUGAUGAACAACCCCCUCAUUUUUUAAAAAUUGUCUUUGUUCUGUUUGGUAAUGGUAGUCUAGAUCUGUAAAUGCAGAAACAUCACCCCCUCUUUUCUGCUUAAAUAAAUACAUAUAUAAACCCCA